GCUCCUCAUGUUUCACCGGUUCAUAUACAAGAUGCUGGUCCUUACGAUCGUACACGGUUCGAUCUCGUCGAGCAAUUUCAUCCUCUUCAAACUGCUUCGGUAGCUAAAGAAUAUUUGCAAGAACUAAGACGUCGAAUUGAGGGCGUGAAGUCCUUUCUAAGCGAGCCCAUGCUGGCUUUUUCACUUUCAGGCCUCGCUUUCGGUGACUGGAGUACAUGGAGCACCUGGACCCCAUGUGUAGGCGGCGAGCGAAGUCGUGUUCGUUCGUGCAGUGCGAAAAUACCAGCACUUCGAAUCGUCUGUCACGGAGAAGCUAAAGAGGUUCGGAAAUGCUUUUCUACCCAAGAUCAACAAGUGCCGGUCGCAAACGAUCCAUGGACAAUUGAGCGUGAGAUUACCGGCGAUUUCAAGUCGUAG